AUGUCAAGAUUAUUAUCACUGAUAAGGAUCAACACAAUACGAACACUAUCCAAAAAUCAACAACUACGUCAUUUUAAUAAAUCAUCAAUACUAUGUAAAGAUGAAAAAUCUAAGCAGAUGCUCAAAAUUUUAGGAGUAUCACUACAAGAAGGUAAAAUAGAAAAUAAUGAAGAUGGGAAAGAAGAAGAACAACUCACAAAACAAGAAGAUCAAGAUGAAGAAGAUCUGAUAAAUCAAAUACCACAAUUAUCAGAAUAUGAAUCAAUAUCUCAUAUGUCAAAUAAAGAAUUUUUAUUUCAAUUAGCAUUAGAUGGAAAUCGACCUUUUAUGUCAUUUGAAAAUAAGAAUAGAAUAGAUUCCAAGAAAAUAAUCAAAAAACUACCUGAUCAAAUUAACUUAUUAAAUAAAGAUGAUUUAUCAAUGACUAAAAUUAAUGAUAUGUAUUCAAAUUUAUCAAAACUAGAUUCAAAUAAAGAAAUGCAUGAAAAAUACUUAAAAAGAUAUUUUUACGACUAUAAUAAUGAUUUAAUAUUAUUGGGACAAACUAUUCGAGGUAUACAAACAAAAUUUAAAAUGUUAAGAAGAAAUGAAACUGAUAAAUUUAAUCCAGAAAAUGCAGUUUAUGAAUAUAUAAAUGAUAAAAUGAAGUAUCCAUAUAAUGUAGUGGGGUUUGAUAGAUCUUUGAUAGGUGUACCAUUAAGGAAAAUGGAUUCAAAUAUAUACCCAAGAGAAUUUAUACAAGAUUUACCAUCAUUUGGUGAUAAGAUAAACGUCAAGAAAUUCGAUUUAAAUUUUACAGAAAAAGAUGGUUCAAUUAAUAUUGAUCCAAGUAGAGUUACUCCAUUAAAAGAAUUAUACGACUAUGAAAAUAAAAAUUUUACAUCGGAUAAUAGAGGUGGAAUUUACGCUAGUCCAACAAUUCAAGUUAAUAAAGCAACUCAUGAAUAUCUUAGCAACAAGUUAGGAAUUCCAAGAAAUUACAUACAAGUAAGUAAUACUGAAAAUUACAAGAGAUUAAAAUUAAAUAAUCAUCAAAUUACAAAUAGAAUUGAACAAGAAAUAAGGAUAAUGAAAAAAUUAUUAUUAGAUGAAAUCAAAACUACAGUUGAAAGUUCGAAUGCGAAAUUAUUAAAUAAUAAUGAAUUCCAUAAUGAUUACAUAAAAUCAAAUCAAUUUAUAUUAUGUGAAAUUAAAAAUGAAAAACCAGGUACGAUUUACAUUUGGAAAAGUUUUAGCAUUUUACCAAUUUAUUUUUUAUUACCACUAAAUAAAAGAAGAGAAAGAAAUUUGAGGAAUCAUUUAUAUAAAUUAUUUUUAAUGAAUUUAGAAGAUAAAAUUGAUAUUUUAUUCAAAAUUAAAUAUGAUGUUGCAAGAGAUACUCAAAAAUUUAUGAAAAAUUUAAUAAAAAAUAUAGGUCAUACUAUAAAAUUUAGAUUAUGGAGAUAUUUUAAAACUUCAAAAUCUUUAGGUAAUAGCGCAACAACUUUUUCAUCAUCUAUACAAAUUCCAUUAUUAAAACAAAAAUUUAAAAAUAAAGAUGCUGUUAUUUAUGAACCUUUUAAAGAUCAUAGUUUUAAAAGAGUUUAUUGGUUAAAGAAACCAAAAAUGUUUGGACGUAACUUAAGAAGAACAAAUUUAAAAAUAAAUUAUUCAAAUAUUAAUGAUGAAUUAACUGAGUAA